UUCAAAAAGAUGAACAUCCUGAUAUAGCACUGACACUAUACAAUUUGGGUCUAUGUUAUCAUCGUAAACAAGAUUAUGACAAUGCCUAUAUCUGUUUUCAACGAGCAAUAGCUAUUCAAAAACAAUACUUGCAUGAAAAUCAUCCAUCACUUGCUCGUACAUUACAGGCAAUUAAAGAUCUAGAAGAUUCGAAAUAUGUUUAUUCAACAUAG